UGAGAAGAAUGCGGUUAUGGGAACCCCACAAUCCAACAACUUACCACCAGGGUUUAGGUUCCACCCUACAGAUGAAGAGCUCAUUCUUCACUACCUAAGGAAGAAGGUGGCCUCUAUUCCUUUGCCAGUUUCCAUCAUUGCUGAGGUUGAUAUCUACAAGUGUGAUCCAUGGGAGCUACCAGCUAAGGCUGCGUUUGGGGAGAAAGAGUGGUACUUCUUCAGUCCAAGAGACCGGAAGUACCCAAACGGAGCGAGGCCAAACAGGGCAGCUGCCUCAGGGUAUUGGAAGGCCACAGGCACUGAUAAGAACAUAGUUGCAUCAUUAAUGGCAGGAGGAGUGAGAGAACAUUUUGGUGUGAAGAAGGCUUUGGUGUUUUACAAAGGAAGACCCCCAAAGGGUGUGAAGACCAAUUGGAUCAUGCAUGAAUAUCGCCUUGUUCACACCAAUAAACCCAUUAGGAUGAAGGACACUUCCAUGAGGUUGGAUGAGUGGGUUCUGUGCCGGAUAUACAAGAAGUCCAAACACAGUACUGUAUGUUCAAUAACAGAGGCAUCACCAACAGUGCAACUGAAUGAGCAAGGUGGAGCAGAAGAGGAGAAAAUCAAAGACACCCUUUCACCAAUGUUUCUCCCUCCUCCACAGGCCACAUUCGUUUCUCAAAAAUCUCUAUCCUUCUCCAACCUUUUGGAUGCCACAGACUUCUCCAUGCUCAGCACCAUCUUAUCAGAGAACCACUACUCCACUUAUCCAAACACAAGUGAACCCUUGUUCAAUUCUGAGAAUCUGGAUCAUGAAACUCCCCAAAACUACUCCAACAGCAAUGAUAUUAAUAAUAGGAGCUACUUGUUUCAGAAGAACUCUUCAGUGAUUCCCCACAAACGCCACCUUUCAAACAUGGAUGAGGACAUGAUUUACCCUUCAAACAAACACCAUAGUUCCUCUUGCAAUUUUCCAAACACCACCCUCCAAAAUCAAAACCCCCCAUGGAACUUCAUGUUCAAGCAGCCUCUCAUGAAUCGGCAGUUACUUCCGGGUCCUCAAUAUCUUCAAUUUCACUGA